AUGAAUUAUUGGUAUAGCAGAGUUUUAGAACCGCUUUUGCGUGGGCCGACUAAAAACUUGAUAGAAUUUCUUCACACCAAGGGCGUAUUGAAUAGGUACGUGAAGUGCAUACUUGUCAACAAGAUAUGGGAACUAGACCAUACUUUAGAAAUAGAGAUGGAGUGGCGUUUAGGUUUUUUAACAAUAGGUGUAUUAACUACAGUAAAUAUAUUUUUAUUUGCACUGAAUCGCUAUUAUCAAGUUUAA